AUGAAGGCAAUGAAGAGUAUGGGCAUGAAUCGCAUGCUAGGUUCACUUAAGCGUUCCAAAGAUUCCAACGAAGACACUGGAGAUGCGCAACUCGAUACACCGGAAGCAAAUGCGUCAAGAAAUAUUCGAUCAUUUUGCGAAUCUGGAGGUCCAAAUGGCUCGGGAGAAGAAGUUCUCUACCUACCUGCCAUCGUCGAAGCCGCAGAGUCCUCCCCAGGGGCUGCGAAAGAAUGCGCCUACCAUAUUCGAAAGUUUCUUUCCAAGGACAACUUCGGCAAACCCUACGUACAAUACAAUGCAAUAAUGUUGAUUCGGAUUCUGGCGGAUAACCCUGGGAAGACCUUUACGAGGAAUAUGGAUGCGAAAUUUGUACAAACUGUGAAGGAGCUCCUCAAAAAUGGAAGGGAUCCAAGUGUCAAGCAAAUACUGAUGGAAACUUUGGUGGGAUUUACGAUAAACAAGGCAGAUGACGAAACACUGGCUCCUCUAUUUGAGAUGUGGAAGAAGGAGCAAGAGAAGAUGGCCAAAUUCGCAGCAAGUUUCCCCAAGCAACCGCGUCAGUGGAAAGUCCCUUCUAAUGCAUCUCAGGGUCCCGCAGGUCCGCGAACCCUCGUCGCUCCACCCUUUGAUCCCGAUAAUCAAAACUAUUUUGGACGUAAUCAUCACACUCACCGUCUCCCCCCUCCUCGUGAACUCUCCUCCCGCAUCGAAGAAGCACGCACUUCCGCAAAACUACUCUCACAAGUUGUACAAUCUACGCCUCCCUCCGAACUCCUUGCCAAUGAACUCGUCCGCGAAUUCGCCGAUCGGUGUCAGUCUGCAAGCAGAAGUGUGCAAGCGUAUAUGAUUGCGGAAAAUCCAGGACCAGACAACGAUACUAUGGAGACCUUAAUUGAGACUAAUGAACAGUUGAGUAAAGCUAUGAACCAAUAUCAAAGAGCUGUGUUAAAUGCGCGCAAACUCAUGGGGCUUGGUAAUGGAGAUAACACAACCCCUCCGGCUAGAACAGAUUCAGGGUUUACACCUCCCCCUGGUCCGCCACCCAAUCAAGCUACCAAACCCAUCGCGAGUAGUAGUAAGAGAUCUGCCCCGCUUAUUCCACCACCGGGAGAUAUCGCGCCUAUGAACGAUGAAGAAGAUGAACGAAAUCCUUUCAGUGAUCCGGAACCAAGCUCAUCGAGAGUUGCCAGACCACCAUUUCCCUCUGAUGUGCCACCAAAAGCAACUGGUCAAUUUAAUGAUACACUUGGUGUCGAACCAUAUCACCCGGGUUUCAAGGAAACAAAGAGCUACGUGGGAAGACAGGAUAGUAGCAUAGGUGAUGUUACAAUGCAUGCUGCGGUUCCGGAGAGGGACGAAGCUGAUGAGGACGACGAGCCUAGAUAUUCGGUGCCUGUUGGGAAACAGCCUGUUUAUCGAUACUAG